AUGUCGCUCGCUCAGCAUGUCACCCAGGCCGAAGGCUUCGAUUACGAGCGUCCUGCAGAGCAGACCGAACAGCCUGAUAACGGCGAGGCACUGUUUGGUACCUUGCAGCCUUUAUCGACCGAAAGCUUCAAUAACCAUAAUGAUCCUCAGUGGAGGCGAUUGAGCUUCGCACCCAUUGAGCCAGAUCACGUCGAAAAGCCCAUCGCGGCUUACAAGGUCUCCAAUGCGAAGAGAUGGGUACAAGUAGCAACCGGUAUUGUGGCAUGCUGGCUGGCUUCGGGCAUUGUCUUUGGUUUUGCUGCUCUCAAGCCCGUGCUUGUUGACGAAGGCGUCUAUGGUGACCUGUGCGAUGCUAAUGAUCCCACCACGAUUGACAAUGGCGACUACAUCCCUUGCGUUGAACAGGAUCUGCGUCUGAACCUUUUCUUUGUUGUCGCAUCUGUCACUGCCAAUGUGUCUUCGUUGACGGCCGGUUCGGUUCUCGAUCGUUAUGGCAGACGGACUUGCUGGAUCCUAUCGUCCAUUGGUAUCACGAUCGGCUGCAUUUUGAUGGCCACAUCUCGUAACUUCCACGCCUUUGACGGUUACCUCCUCGGCAACAUCUUUUUAGCACUCGGUGGCACUUUCGUAUUCGUUUCCAGCUUCCAGCUCGCCAAUGCGUUCCCGAAGUAUAGCGGACUGAUUAUUGCCCUCGUUACUGGCGCUUUCGACGCUUCCGCUGCUGUUUUCCUCAUUUAUCAGACGGUGUACGAUGCAACGGAUGGCCGACUUUCACUGGACAAGUUCUUUUAUGCCUAUAUCGCCAUUCCAGCGCUCAUUCUGAUUGCCGAAUUCGCUUACAUGCCAGUCCGGUCGUACCACACCAUUCCGCAGCUGGAGGAAAAGAUUGAGGAAGCCCAAGACGAGAGUCGUGAUGCGCACACAUCUGAUGAUGAGAUCUCCGACGAUAGAACUCUGAGAAAGGUUCGCAGCGCCCGAGCCGAUCGUCGGUUAUCCAAAUUGGACCAGAUUGAGGAAGUUGCCGGUGAUGCUCAGCAGCGCGAGGAGCGCGUGAAACUCAACGAGGAGCGACAAGAAACGAGUGGCGUGUGGGGUGUUCUCCAUGGCGUUCCAGCCCAUCAACAGAUCCAGAGUCCUUGGUUCAUUCUCAUCCUGCUUCUGACUAUUGUGCAGAUGCUGAGAAUGAACUACUUCAUCGCGACUAUUAGAGCCCAGUAUCGUUUCAUGCUGGGAUCUGAAGCUGCUGCCGACGCCAUCAACCACUUUUUCGAUAUCGCUUUGCCCAUUGGAGGACUGGCAUCGACUCCUUUUAUCGGAUUUCUUCUGAAUAACCUCAGCGUGCCUACCACCUUUGGCGUUUUGAGUGUCCUCAUAGUGGCUAUUGGAGUCCUCAACUGCCUGCCCUUCGUUUGGGCAGGUUACGCAACAGUUGUAUUCUUUGUUAUUUUCCGCCCGCUUUACUACUCAGCCAUCUCGGAUUAUGCUACAAAGGUAUUCGGGUUUGCCACUUUUGGUCGCAUAUACGGAACCAUAGUGUGUGUCUCGGGGUUGAUCAACUUUUCCCAGUCCGGCCUUGACGCUCUGACACACGGUCCUCUGCAUGGGGACCCGACACCCGUAAACAUUACUCUCGGAGCUGCAGGCGCCAUAAUCGGAUUGGCAUUAACCGUCUUUGUGGCUGUCAAGGGCCGCACAUUUGUUGAAGAGGAAAAACCUGUUUUGGAUGCGAUAGAGGAGAGACAAAGACUCUUAUCUUCUGCAGGGCAGGAGUACGGAACUCAAGAACCACGAGUUUCACAAGAAUAA